UUUCUCAAAUAAAAUGUAUUAAUAAUUAAUAAAAAUAAUUUUCAACAUCCAAGUUAAAAAGUUAUUGUUAAUUAAAAAAUAAUGGCAAAUCGUGAAAUAUUUGCAAAAGCUUUACCAAAUGUUAAAUUAGCCACUCGUUUUGAUGCCGAUGGCAAUGAAGUUCAGGUGGAACGUCGCGAGGAUGAAGAACAAAAUGCCAAGCAGCAAGAAAUAUUUGAAAUUCUUGUAAAUGCUGGUUACUAUCGUGCUCGAAUCAAAGGCUUAUCGCCAUUCGAUAAAAUUGUAGGUGGAAUGACUUGGUGCAUCGAAUGUUGUGACUAUGACGUCGAUGUUGAUCUUUUAUUUCAUGAGAAUUUAACAAUUGGUCAAAAAAUUGCAUUAGUUGAAAAAAUCGUCUCUGUUUUGCCAAAAAUGAAAUGUCCUUAUUUGAUUGAACCCCAUCAAAUUCAAGGUCUUGAAUUUAUAAGCAUCUUUCCAGUCAUACAAUGGCUAGUCAAAAAAUCAGUGGAAAAUCGUGCAGAGCGCGCAGCCAAAUUAAAGGCAUUUGCUGUUAGCCAGUUUCACAAUAAUUUCCAAUACAACUCGGACAAGGAGAACCUGCAGAAAAUGCGUACUGCAUCGGCCAAUAUUAAACGUAUUCAGGAUAUGUACAGUCCCCAUCGUCAGUACAAACGCAAGGAAACUGGCAAUGAAGAUGAAAAAACUCGAGUACGAAUAACUCUUCUGGAAUACGGCAAUAAAGGAGCUUACCCAGGUUUAACACCCAACAAGAAUGCAUCCCAAAAAUCCGAUGACUCUCAAUCAGCUGGAACUGAGCUCGACGACAAUGUGGUCGAGCGUGAGAUCGAUGUUGACCAGCUGCUUAAAAACCUAUACAUUGCCAACGAGGACGACGUGCCACAAACAACAGUUCUUGAUGAAAAGGACAAAGCAGCCAUACUCAAACACUAUGCUGAUCUCAAAGAAGAAAUGGAAAUCGAUACGAAACUACUAUCCGAACAGAGUCAAGUUAAAGCUUUGGAAAAUACAAAAGCUGUUUUAGAUAAGAAAUUGUUGCGAGUUAAAAUGGACAAUCAGGAAUUGAAUCAGGAACUCGAGAAACAAAAAUUAAAACUACAAGAACAGGAGAAAUUGGAAAAGGAUUUAAUUGUUGAAAUUAAAGAAUUUGAAAAAAUUGAAGCUAAAGGUGAUAAAAGUGUCUUGGAGAAAAUCAAAGGUCUCGUGGAAUUGAAUGAACAAUUAAAGAAAGAAGAAGCGGAGUAUAAGGACCAAUGUCGGGAAGAACUUGAAAGGCUACAAAAGGAAAUUCAAGAAAUGGAACAAAGAAACGCAGAAACUAAUCCUGCUGAUGAAAAAGAUUUUAUUGCCAAACAGGAAGAACAUUUACAGCUUCUACGAUUGCAGUUGGCUAAGAAAAAUCGUGGAAUAGUUGCAAUUCAACGUCAACUUGAUAAUGUACCAGAUCGUACAGAAUUGGCUCAGUAUCAACGUCGGUUUUUAGAGCUUUAUAAUCAAGUAAGUGCCAAACAUCGUGAAACAAAGCAGUUUUACACUCUUUACAACACCCUGGACGAUACUAAGUUGUAUUUGGAAAAAGAACUUUCAUUAUUGAAUUCGAUUUAUGAAAAUUAUCAUGAAGGCAUGACAACACCCCAAUCUCGAGAACAGUUUUUAAAACAAUUCGAGGCAAUUGUCGAUGGAGUCAAGCAGACACAUAAUAAAGUUCGUCAGAAGUGCGAUGAUGAAAAAGUUAAACGUGAUGCUUUGAAUAGUCAGUUGAUGCAUUUAGUUGAACAACAAAGGAAAUAUGCAGCAGCUGUUAAACAGCUAACGCGUGAAUGCCAGAGAUGUGAAGCUCUGAUGAUACAUUUAAAGUCCAUACAAUGAAAUUCCAAUUAGAAAGUUAGAUAUAUAUUUUUUUUCAAUUAUUAAAAUAUACAAAUAUGUAUUCAUACAUAGAUGAGCAUGAUAAAGUUAUUUUGUAGACAAAAAUAUAGACUCAAUAAAGACUUGGAUUUUUUUUAAUGAACAAAAAUAUAAUUAACGUUCAAUAAAAAAAAUUGUUAAAAUUGAAAAUUAUA